AUGGAACCAAACAAUGAAGAAAAUGCUUCAUUUGCACCUAUAACUCAAAUCACAGCAGCUCAAGUUCUACAAGAUGCCUCAUCUCAGCCAGGCAUCUCUGCAAUGCCGCCACCUAUGGGUCUUCCUUCUUUUGCCCCACCAAUGGCUCCAAUACCACAUCCUCCAGUGGCACGUCCACCUACUUUUAGGCCACCUGUUUCUCAAAACGGUGGAGCGAAAGGCAGCGACUCGGAUUCUGAAUCAGAUGAUGAACAUGUCGACAUAUCUGAAGGGAGUAGACAGGUCAGGGAAAGACAGGAAAAGGCGUUGCAAGAUUUGCUGAUCAAGCGCCGUGCUGCUGCUCUCGCGGUUCCAACAAACGACAGGUCCGUCAGAGAUCGCCUUAGGCGACUCGGUGAGCCCAUUACUCUCUUCGGGGAGCAGGAAAUGGAGAGGAGAGCUAGGCUGGCGCAGCUUAUGGCUAGGCUUGAUAUUGAUGGGCAGUUGGAUAAACUUCUUAAAGCUCACGAAGAAGAUGUGGCUCCAAGAGAGGAAGUGGACGAUGAAAUGAUACUUGAAUACCCGUUUUUCACUGAGGGUCCAAUGGAGCUUAGAGAGGCUAGGAUAGACAUUGCUAGAUUCUCUAUCAAGAGAGCUGCUGUGAGGAUUCAGCGUGCAAAGCGUCUGAGGGAUGAUCCAGAUGAAGAUAUUGAUGCAGAGACUAAGUUGGCUUUGAAGCAGGCUAAAGGGAUGGUCCUUGAUUGCAGUAACUUUGGAGAUGAUCGUCCUCUCACUGGCUGCUCCUUCUCUCGAGAUGGAAAAUUACUUGCCACAUGUUCUCUGAGUGGAGUUACUAAAUUAUGGGAGAUGCCGCAAGUCACAAACAAGAUUGCUGUCUUGAAGGACCACAAGGAACGUGCAACGGAUGUAGUCUUCUCUCCCGUUGAUGAUAUUCUAGCUACUGCUUCCGCUGAUCGAACUGCGAAGCUGUGGAAGACUGACGGAACACUCCUCCAAACGUUUGAAGGACACUUAGAUCGCCUUGCACGCGUUGCCUUCCACCCGUCAGGGAAGUACCUCGGGACAACGAGCUUUGACAAAACUUGGAGAUUGUGGGAUGUAAACACAGGAGCAGAGCUGCUUUUGCAAGAAGGCCACAGUCGCAGUGUCUACGGACUCGCGUUUCAACAAGACGGAGCAUUAGCUGCUUCUUCAGGGCUUGAUGCACUCGCACGGGUUUGGGAUCUCCGCACUGGUAGGAGCAUCCUCGUCUUCCAGGGACACAUCAAACCGGUUCUCUCUGUGAACUUCUCUCCAAACGGUUAUCAUUUGGCAUCCGGCGGUGAGGAUAACCAGUGUCGCAUAUGGGAUCUUCGCAUGAGGAAGUCCUUGUAUAUCAUCCCAGCGCAUGCGAACUUGGUUUCUCAGGUGAAGUACGAACCGCAGGAAGGUUACUUUCUUGCUACGGCAUCCUACGACAUGAAAGUGAAGAUAUGGUCAGGGAGAGACUUUUCGCUUGUGAAGAGCUUAGCUGGGCAUGAGUCCAAAGUAUCCUCUCUGGAUAUCGCUGCAGAUAGCUCGUGUAUUGCAAGUGUGUCACAUGACCGAACCAUCAAGCUUUGGACAAGCAGUGGCGAUGAAGAAGAAGAAGACGAAGGUGGAGAUAAAAUGGACAUGGAUGUGUAG